AUGCCUCCUGUAAGUAAGAGUAAUUUGGGGGACUGCCGUUUCUACGAACGCAAGUUUCCGGAGCCCGAAGAAUUGGUUAUGGUCAAGGUUAACAGAAUAGAAGCCCAAGGAGUUUACGUAUCACUUUUAGAGUAUGACGAUAGAGAAGGUUUAAUUCUGCUCAAUGAAUUGUCAAAGAGGCGCUAUCGUAGUAUUAAUAAAUUGGUUAAAAUCGGCAGACACGAGGUCGUUUUAGUGUUGAGAGUUGACCCUGUAAAGGGUUACAUCGACUUGUCAAAAAGAAGGGUCACCCCCGAGGACAUUAUUAAGUGUGAAGAAAGGUUUUCUAAAUCUAAAAAGGUGCAUCAAACAGUACGCCAUAUAGCACAGAAACACGGAGUAUCGGUCGAGGAGUUGAACAGAGCCUGCAUAUGGCCGUUGUAUAAAACAUAUCCUCACGCCUUGGACGCCCUGAAGGAAGCAGCAGCCAAUAAGGAGAAUGUGUUCAAGAACUUGACGUUGUCGCAGGAGAUAGUGGACUCACUGCUCCAGGAUAUUCAGUUACGCCUAGUUCCACAGGCAUUGAAGCUAAGGUGUAGCAUCGAUGUAUGGUGUUUUGGACCGGAGGGAAUCAACGCAGUUAAAACAUCUCUGACUAAAGCGAAAGAGGUGGAUCCACAGGUAAGAAAGAGCAGCGACCAGUUUAGCGCUUUUGAUAAACAGUUACGAAUAUCAAUAAGACUAAUUGCGCCUCCACAAUAUGAAAUAAUAACAAGCUGCUUUGACAAAGAGGCAGGAUUGAAUACAAUGAAUCAGACCCUGGAAGUCAUCGAGACUAAUAUUAGGUCGUUCAUUGGAGGCGACUUUAAACAAAAGUGUGAAGUGGUGGUGAUAGGAGACGACGAGAAGCAUCUUGAAGACCUGCUGGAACAGCACGAAUCGACAGAUGAAGAGGACGAGGAAGAAGAAGAGGAGGAAGACGAGGGAAUGGGAAGAGUGGAUGAAUCAAUGCUGCCACCAAAUGAAGAAAAUUUGGAGGAAGAUAGCGAUUAA